UACCAAACACCUAAAACCCUCACAGCUUUUUUUCAUGGGUGUUUUUUUUUUAAGCACCUCACUCCCAAACCACCCCUAAGUUUGAUUCGUCCAUCAUUCCAUUGUGUCAAAUGCUUACUCUGGCAGUGCUUGCCAAAAUCUAUAUUAUCAAAUUAAAACCUACUUAAUUAAAAGAAAGAUAAAAAAAAGGUCGUACCCAGUGCACAAGGCUCCCGCUUUACGCAGGGUCUGGGAGAGGUGAAUGUCGGCUAGCCUUACCCCCAUUUAUGAGGAAGGGAUGCGUUUCAUUGCCACUGGGUUCUAAACAAAUAACAGAAAUGGAGAAACAGAAACGCAAAAGUGCAGUUUCAGCUUUCCUUAUUAAUUGAUUGACUUGGUUUAAAACGUUUCCUUCAGUCCUCUCUCUCUCUCUCUCUCUCUCUCUCUCUCUCUCUCUCUCUCUUACACAGAUUGCACGAGGAAAUGAGAGGAAAAGUAACCAUGGCCAAGAAGAGAGCUUCUUCAGCAUCCAUGAGCCGGCUUUUGAGCUUCGUUUCAAGGCUAUUCAUCGUUCUCAGCAUCUUGCUAUGUCUAUUGGCUUUCCUUAGACUAAUCCAUUCUCAGUCCAAGGACCAACCACCAGUCUUUGCAUCCCCAACAAGGUUUCCCGCUGUUAUUCAUGAUAAUCAGUUUGAAGGCCCUCCAAAAGUUGCUUUCCUCUUCCUUGCCCGCCGGGAUCUUCCUCUUGAUUUUCUUUGGAACACCUUCUUCAAGAAUGGUGAUGCGGCAAAUUUCUCGAUUUAUAUCCAUUCGGAGCCUGGUUUUGUGUUUGAUGAACCAACCACAAGGUCUGCUUUCUUUCAUGAUCGACAGUUGAACAACAGCAUUCAGGUAGGGUGGGGGGAAUCGAGCAUGAUAGAAGCAGAGCGCAUACUACUCCAAGAAGCUCUGCGCGAUCCAGCCAAUCAAAGAUUUGUCCUCCUUUCAGACAGCUGUGUACCUCUAUACAACUUCAGUUACAUUUACAACUACACAAUCUCUUCUCCGAAAAGCUUUGUAGACAGCUUUGUCGAUGGUCAUGCAUUUCGUUAUGAUCCGAAGAUGGCACCUACCAUACCUAAGGAAAAAUGGCGUAAAGGAUCCCAGUGGAUAGCUUUGGUGAGAAGACAUGCAGAAAUCAUCGUCAAUGACAAGACCGUCUUUCCUGUCUUCAGGAAACUCUGUAAGCGAUGGCCGCCUGGAGAUUUAAAAUGGAGGAGGAAACUUCUUGCAUUCAAUUUCGAUAUCAAGUAUAUAUUGCAGACAUUUGAGCAAAAACGCAAUUGUAUCCCCGAUGAACAUUAUGUCCAGACACUACUUGCAAUAAGUGGACUCGAGGACGAACUUGAACGAAGAGCACUGACCUACACAUCAUGGAAUCAGUCAGCGGUAGGAAGUAAAAAGAGAUCUUGGCACCCUAUAAAGUUUGAUUUUGCAGAUGCAGGGCCUCAAAAGAUCAGGGAAAUUAAGGAUAUCGAUCAUGUAUACGACGAGUCCGAGGGCCAAACAGAGUUCUGCCGCGCAAAUUCCAAAGUCGCUCCUUGCUACUUGUUUGCAAGAAAAUUCACUCUUGGAGCUGCUGUGCGGAUUAUGAGAGAAGGUGUGGUUGGUCCUUAUGAUGUUCCUUCAAAACCAAAUAUAUAUUAGGCCUCUGGAAAGGAAAGAGAGAUGGAAACGAACAACGCUUGCAGCAUAAGCAGUUGCCAAUAUGACUGUGGUUGUACAAGGCAAAACAGAAACAGCAGGCAACCAAACCGAAAAAUUGGAAACUUUUUUCUAUUAGUGUUAUAAAUAGGAAAAGUUAGAGAGAUAACCUCCACUUCCGUGACAAAACAAAAGUGAUUGCUCUUUUUGAAAACUUCACAUAAUAACAAACUACUGUGGCCUUUUUGAAAACUUCACAUAAUAACAAAUACAUUACUAUUGGCAUUCAUUCUCACAAUUUUGCAACACUAAGUGAUAUAUUUUGUUAUUAAGCUCCAGUUGUUAACUUUAAGUUUUGGUUAACACUAUUAGUACAAUAGAAUCCCAAAUUUAGGGUUCCCAUUGGA